AUGCAAUCUUCAUUGUCAAUUCUAAAUAGAUUCACAAGACAAUGUUUGUCUGCAAGUAGAUCAACCACAUCGUCAUCCACCUAUUUGGUUGGCUAUAUAAAUGGCAACUCGAUUCAAACCAAUGGAUAUUGUAGUCACAAGAAGAAACAUCAUCAUCAUGGCAUGGGAACAUCGGCAAAGGAUCUCGAGGAGGUCGAAGAUGCCGCUGCCUAUCCAAUACAGAUGCGUCGUGCCGAUCUCCUAAAGAAGAUGGACGCUCGUGAGCAACAGGAAGCCAAGCAAUUCGAACAGGACGAACUAGAGGAGAUCGAAGAGGACGAAGAGUACGACGAGGAGAUGUACGAGCAGGACAACGACAGAGACGACGACGACAACGAAAACGCAUUCGACCGUUCCGCCAUCAAAGAGAAACUACAGUUGCGUCGUAAGAAGCUGGCGAUCGAAGAUGAGUUGGAGUCAAUCGGUCGUUUCGGAUCGGGACACGACAACAAGUUCCACUCGGACGUGCUGUCGGUGGAGCAACUGGAGCGCGCCGUCUUUGGCGAGGACGGCAAGGUCAUUCCACCAGAGAAUCGAUUGGACAUUUUAGAGAAAGAGAGAAUACACGAAGAGAUGUUGGCCAAGGCAGAGGAGGUCGGCGCUGAAAACAUCGAAAAGUAUCGUGUCAACCCGAUGCUCGAAGAGAUGCGUGCCAAAAAGGCUGCCAAAGCAGUCGAGGAUAAAUCAUCGACAGAGUAUCUCUUAAGACACAUCACCAAAUUAGAGAGACAAGGUGUCUUUGAUGAUCAAGUCACACGUUCACCAACCACCGGUAAAGAGGUCGUCGGAAACAAGAAGUUCCCCAAAUGUCUAUUAUGUUUUGAUUAUGGAUGGAAAGUUGAACCAAUGAAUGUUCCAUUGUUAAGUAUCUAUUUAAAUAAUGACGGUGAUAUUUUGCCGAGAUAUAUUACAGGAAAUUGUUUGAAGCAUCAAAAGAAGAUCGCUAGAACUAUUAAACAAGCGAAACAUCUUGGAUUGUAUUCAUAUAAGAAGGGUACUUUCACUAUCUACGAUCCAAAUGUAGUGCCACCAACACCCAAGGAGGAUGUCGAGUACGACAAAUGGUUCCGUGGUGACUUUACAGACAAGGAUUGGAUCGGAGAUGAAUCUAUCGAGGAGGUCGACGACUUUGAGAAUCCAAUCGACGUUGAAAAGGAGAAACUCAAACAGAAGGAGUCUAUCAUGUUGGAUAUGGGUGUCAGUGAGCAUGAAGCAGAUCAAAUCUUGGCUGGUAAAUUCUUUAAGAUUAAAGAUACUGACAGUAAAUAA